UCCUUUUCCUCUGUUUUUUCUCCCUUUCAGAUGAGUGUAUUCAUGAUAGAAUUCGACAAUCAUUGCCAAAGAAAUUCCACGGUUGCCGCCGGAGAAUCUUCGGCUCCACAUCUCACCGUUGAUUUUGCAGCACAUGCAGAAAAGAAGCCAUGAAAACAGAGUGACUUCAGUGGCUGCAUUAGAAAACGUUAUCCGCAUCUCCAGAGAGAGAAACUGAGCCGCAGCAGCAGCAGCUUCCCGUCUCUCGUAGCGACUUCCCUGAGUACUUGCCCGAGUCGCUAUGCCUUGCUUAUCCUGCCUUUCCAUAACCACCCCGAACGCAUCGGUUCGCGCCUCGCUUGCUGACAACAGCUCCUUACCUUCAGCUCCCCAUGUAAAGGUCGACCCGAAGCCCUCAACCCCAAGAAUCAGAACUGCCCCAUCUCCACCAGGAAACGAGCAGAAGAAGACCCAGAAACAGCAGCCCUCCAUCAUCGAGAUUGAGCGGGUUAUUGGUGCCGGCAGGUUCAGCGACGCCGACCCCAAGGAGUUGGAGCAGAGGAAGUCUGUACUGGAUGGGCUGCUACCAACUGAUGGUUGGCAAGUGGAGAGCUCGGUGGAGAGGAACCUCCGAGAGACUGGAGAGUGGAUCGUGGAUCAAACCGAAAGACGCCCCGCAUCUGCAGGGAAGAGCAUCCUAAUAGUAGUGUUCAAGUGGGUUUUGCCCGUUUGGGUUCUUAUGUUUCUAGUCGCAUCCGGUGCCAUAAAGCUACCGUUUGGCAUUCCAUUCCUCGAUGACCUGAUUAGGUGAAUGUCGUGUGCAGAUUCAAUCCUGCACGUCCAUGCUUAAUUAGCCAGGGUGCAUUAUGCAUCAUACCUCUCGACUAUUUGAUCGGGAAUCAGCUUAAGCAUGAGUAACCUGAAGAGUAUCUCGCGACAUAAGUAGCUUUUCGAAAGGCUGAAGUGCUUUGAUUGCUGAACCUGCUUUGCAAGAGCUCCGUUAUGAGUCAAGACACAUGGCCACUGUUUACCAGAAGUUGUAUCAGAGGGGGUCAGGAAGGGUCUUGGAUGAAUUUCGUUUUGGCAUGGGAUUUCUCCUCUGUUUCCUAAGCAAUUUGUGUCGGCACUCGAUGUACAUUGAACUGUGUAGCUUGGUCCUUAAAUACACGCCAAGAAAGUUCCCUUACUUUCCCAGAAGAUUACGAUGCUCAAUCUCA